UGAACUCCUCGUGGUUCUUCACCCCGUUGAAACACUUUGACCAGUGAAGAUGAGCGGAAGAGGCAAAGGAGGAAAAGGACUCGGUAAAGGAGGCGCUAAGCGUCACCGCAAAGUCCUCCGUGAUAACAUCCAGGGAAUCACCAAGCCCGCUAUCCGCCGUCUGGCUCGCCGCGGUGGAGUGAAGCGUAUCUCCGGUCUGAUCUACGAGGAGACCCGCGGAGUGCUGAAGGUCUUCCUGGAGAACGUGAUCCGUGAUGCCGUCACCUACACCGAGCACGCCAAGAGGAAGACGGUGACCGCCAUGGAUGUGGUGUAUGCUCUGAAGAGACAGGGACGCACUCUCUACGGAUUCGGGGUCAUGCCUGAACCCACCGCCAAAGCGCCCAAGAAGGGCUCCAAGAAAGCCGUCUCUAAGACCGUCAGCAAGACCGGCAAGAAGAGGAGAAAGUCCAGGAAGGAGAGCUACGCCAUCUACGUGUACAAGGUGAUGAAGCAGGUCCACCCCGAUACCGGCAUCUCCUCCAAGGCCAUGGGCAUCAUGAACUGCUUCGUGAGCGACAUCUUUGAGCGCAUCGCCGGUGAGGCCUCUCGUCUGGCUCACUACAACAAGCGCUCCACCAUCACUUCCAGGGAGAUCCAGACCGCUGUCCGCCUGCUGCUGCCCGGCGAGCUGGCGAAGCACGCGGUGUCUGAGGGAACCAAGGCCACCCGCGGAGUGCUGAAGGUCUUCCUGGAGAACGUGAUCCGUGAUGCCGUCACCUACACCGAGCACGCCAAGAGGAAGACGGUGACCGCCAUGGAUGUGGUGUAUGCUCUGAAGAGACAGGGACGCACUCUCUACGGAUUCGGGGGUUUACUUGGAGCUGGUGUACUUGGUCACGGCCUUGGUUCCCUCAGACACCGCGUGCUUCGCCAGCUCGCCGGGCAGCAGCAGGCGGACAGCGGUCUGGAUCUCCCUGGAAGUGAUGGUGGAGCGCUUGUUGUAGUGAGCCAGACGAGAGGCCUCACCGGCGAUGCGCUCAAAGAUGUCGCUCACGAAGCAGUUCAUGAUGCCCAUGGCCUUGGAGGAGAUGCCGGUAUCGGGGUGGACCUGCUUCAUCACCUUGUACACCGCAGACUCGGGUGCUGGGUCGCUGCUCCAGGCGGAGCUGAGCUCCACGAGGAGCCCCUCGCCAAUCAGGAGCUGGAGAGACGAGAAGAAGUCAUGGCGAGAACCAAGCAGACGGCUCGUAAAUCCACCGGAGGCAAAGCCCCCAGGAAGCAGCUGGCCACCAAGGCUGCUCGGAAGAGCGCCCCGGCCACCGGCGGCGUGAAGAAGCCUCACCGUUACCGGCCCGGUACCGUGGCCCUGAGGGAGAUCCGUCGCUACCAGAAGUCCACGGAGCUGCUGAUCCGCAAGCUGCCCUUCCAGCGUCUCGUGAGAGAAAUCGCUCAGGACUUCAAGACCGACCUGCGCUUCCAGAGCUCCGCUGUUAUGGCUCUGCAGGAGUCCAGCGAGGCUUACCUGGUCGGCCUCUUCGAGGACACCAACCUGUGCGCCAUCCACGCCAAGAGGAUGAGCGGAAGAGGCAAAGGAGGAAAAGGACUCGGUAAAGGAGGCGCUAAGCGUCACCGCAAAGUCCUCCGUGAUAACAUCCAGGGAAUCACCAAGCCCGCUAUCCGCCGUCUGGCUCGCCGCGGUGGAGUGAAGCGUAUCUCCGGUCUGAUCUACGAGGAGACCCGCGGAGUGCUGAAGGUCUUCCUGGAGAACGUGAUCCGUGAUGCCGUCACCUACACCGAGCACGCCAAGAGGAAGACGGUGACCGCCAUGGAUGUGGUGUAUGCUCUGAAGAGACAGGGACGCACUCUCUACGGAUUCGGGGGUUAAACUCUGACUAGCAUCAAACAACCAAAGGUCCUUUUAAGGGCCACACACUUAAAACAUAAAGAGCCAAUUGAUAUCA